GCACCUUGCCCCUUGUGCACUCCGCCCGCCCUCCCGCGCCCAUCGUUGCACACUCUAGAUACGAAACACAGGCCCGCCGAGACGCACACAAACAGCGAGCUCCUCUCCACACACACACGACCAGAUACAAAAACCCCUUCCCACACUUCCCCCCUCCAUCUCUCCUUCCUUCCCCCAACUCUCCACCAUAUCGUCCAUCAUCUCUCCCUCCAGGGCCCGCCCUGUCAUCAACCAACUCUCUGCAUCUCGCGUCGCAGCCGUCCACAGACACAUCACCACAAUGCCAAAGGAGAAGGUUGCCAUUAUCGGUUCCGGUAACUGGGGCUCGGCGAUCGCCCGUAUUGCCGGCCAGAACGUUCGCAACCACUCGGAUGUCUUUGAGGAGAAGGUCCCCCUGUGGGUCUUUGAGGAGACUGUCGACGGCAAGAAGUUGACCGAGAUCAUCAACUCGACCCACUACAACGUCAAGUACCUCCCCGACGUUCCCCUCGGAGACAAUGUUGUUGCCAUUCCCGACGUCGUCGAGGCCGUCAAGGACGCCACGGCGCUCGUCUUCGUUCUCCCCCACCAGUUCCUCGCGAAGACUCUUGACGCCAUCGAGGGCAAGAUUGCGCCCAACGCAAAGGCCAUCUCGCUGAUCAAGGGUGUCGACGUUCACGGCGCCGACAUUCACAUCUUUGCCGAUGUUAUUGAGAAGCGCCUGGGCAUUUCGUGCUCGGCCCUCUCGGGUGCCAACAUUGCCUCUGAGGUUGCUCUUGGCCGUUUCUCCGAGACGACGGUCGGCUACCGUCCCGGCCAGGAGGCGCAGGGCCUUCUCUGGCAGAAGCUUUUCCAGACGCCCCAGUUCAAGGUCCAGCUCAUCGAGGACGUUGCCGGUGUCUCGCUCUGCGGUGCGCUCAAGAACGUUGUCGCCGUCGCUGCCGGUCUCAACGACGGUCUCGGCUACGGCAACAACACCAAGUCCGCCAUCAUGCGCAUUGGUCUGCUCGAGACGAUGAACUUCUGCCUCGAGUUCUUCCCCUCGGUCAAGUCGGAGACCUUCCUGCAGGAGUCUGCUGGUGUCGCUGACCUCAUCACGUCGUGCCUUGGUGGUCGUAACCGCAAGGUCGCCGAGGCGUUUGUCCUGACUGGCAAGCCUUUCGAUGUCCUCGAGGCUGAGAUGCUCGCUGGUCAAAAGCUCCAGGGUAUCCACACUGCCAAGGACUGCCACAUCUUCCUCAAGGCACGCAACCGCCUGGGUGCUUACCCCCUGUUUGACAAGGUCUACCACAUCUGCUGGGAGGGCCAGGACCCGGCAACCCUGACGGUUGACCUCUAAAUGACGAUCCGCCAUGUGUUUGUGUGUGUGUGUUCAUAAUGAAGCGAAGCGCCGAGGCGCGCUCGGAGCCAUCGCUAGACGUAAUCGCUGCGGCGAGUUUGGCUUAUCGGUUCUGGGGUGGUGGAGUCUGUGGAGCAUUGGGUGUGCAGCGACACAGACUCCUUGUGCUAGGAUAGAGAUUAUGAUGAUGCACCAUCCUAGAUUUGUG